AUGUCGUUCCUCAGAAGAAUCGUCCACAAUGAUGCGGUCAAGUUGGACCCCCCAGAGGUCUACAACUGGAGAGUCUUCGCUUUGGCAGCAGCCGCUUGUUUUGGAGGGACACUCUUUGGCAUGGAUAUUGGUAUCAUUGGAGGGGUUUUGACAUUACCCGAUUUCAAAGACGAAUUCGGACUCACCCACAAGUCGAAGAUUGCCCAGUCCAAUCUCUCAGCCAACUUGGUAUCGGUCAUGCAAGCAGGCGCCAUCGUCGGUGCCCUCGCUGCCAAUCCAUUGGCCGACAAAUGGGGUCGAAAGAUUACCAUUUAUACUGUCGCGUCGUUCGCUUUCGUCGGUGGUCUGCUUCAGGCCCUCUCAUAUGGGCAUUUAUCCUGCUUCUACAUUGGACGAUUUGUUGAAGGUUUGGGUCUGGGCGGAGCCACCAUGGUCGCACCUACCUACGUUGCUGAGAAUGCUCCCCGUGGCAUUCGAGGUCUGCUCGUCGGAUUCUAUCAACUUUUCGAAACCAUGGGUGCCAUGGUGGCUUUUUUCAUCAACUAUGGCAGCCUUCUUCACUUGAAAGGCCAUGCCACCUGGAUAGUCCCUCUGUCGAUGCAGUCUCUGCCUCCAUUCCUCCUCUUCAUCUCCAUCUUAUUCUGUCCCGAGAGCCCUCGGUGGCUUGCUUCCCAAGACAACUGGGACGAAGCCUCCAGAAUUCUUGCGAAAGUUCGAAACCUACCACCUACACAUCCCUACCUCCAAGCCGAGCUUCUCGAAAUGCAGACUCAGCUGGAAGCUGAGAGAGGUCGUGCUGGUGGCAACAGUUACUGGGCAUUGACAAAGGAAGCGUGGACAAUCCCCGGCAAUCGCAGACGAUCCAUCAUGGUGAUCGUACUCAUGACUGCUCAACAAUGGACUGGAACUAAUGCCAUCAACUACUACGCCCCAACCAUCUUCACCGAUCUAGGCGUGACCGGAAACACACAGAGCCUGUUCGCUACUGGGGUUUACGGCAUUGUCAAGAUGAGCUCCUGCGCCAUCUUCAUCACUUUCCUUGCCGAUACUCUUGGUCGCAGAUGGUCCUUGGUCUGGACGGGACUAUUCAUGUGGUUCUGUAUGUUCUACUUGGGCUUUUUCGUCCGGUUUGACGCCCCGAAGAAAGGCGCUCCCAUAUCCGGCGCGGGAUAUGGGGCGUUGGUCAUGGUCUAUCUCUAUGCUGCAGCCUUUCAAUUUGGCUGGGGUCCUGUUUGUUGGAUCUAUUCCUCAGAAAUCAGUACUCAACGACUCCGAGGAUUAAUCGUAUCGUAUGCUGCGGCAACACAAUGGGUUUUCAACCUGGCCGUUGCUCGGGCUACCCCCGUUAUGCUGGAUACUGUGGGCGCCGGCGGGUAUGGCACAUACUUUAUAUACGGCUGCUUCUGCUUCACCAUUGCGGUAGGAGCAUAUUUCUUGGUGCCCGAGACCAAAGGGAUCUCUUUGGAGCGAAUGGAUGAAUUGUUCGGAAUGACCGACUUCAGCGGAAUUGAGGAUGUUGGAGUAGCCUCCCAUAAGCAUGAUGUCGAAGCCAUCCACGUCGAGGUCAAGUGA